GGAAGACCAUCUCUCUCACUGAGAACUGUAGCAAUUCCUCUCUUCUUUGCUUUGUAGUUUACCGGAAAGGGGACAGGAAGACUUAUGGCUGUGAGGGCACCUGUCUGAAAAGGCAGGGUAUAGGUUCUGGCCAGACCUUACACAGGCAGUAGAAUUUGGGGACUGUAGGUUUUCCAAGAGUUCUUCACAUGCAGUGUCAAGACAAGAACUUGACUUUUCUUUCUUUUUAUUUAUUUUCAUUUGCUUGUUUGUCUGUUUUUUUGGGGUUUUUUUGUUUUUUUUUGUUUUGAUGGGUGAAAGGAUCUAAACUUGGUCUCCAUCAGUUACAGCAGCAGAAAGGGAAGCAGCCCCUUGACAAGAGAGCUCUGCUGCUGUGACUAAUAAGUGACCAGUAUUAAUGUUUAUACCCAUAUUGAUACAGUUCCUACUAUGUAGGCUCUGAAGCAUGGCCAGGGAGAGCAGUUCCUUCUCUUUGCUGUUCACAUGUCCUCCCUUUCAGGCGCUGAGCUCCAGAGGCAGCUUAUCUGCUUGAACCAGAAUACUUUAUAACUUUGUGAUUAUAAAUAGAUAAGAUACUUAAUUCUCCUUAAUGCACCAGUUUGUACCAUGUUUCUCCUUACUGUGUCAUGUCCAAGAUCUCUUCCUGCUGAGGCUGGGGGGGAAGCUCCUACCUCCAGCAUAAAUGGUGCCUCCAGACAAAUCCAAAUUUCUCUUCCUAUUUGUAGUUGUGAAGUAUCUUGAUACUGGUGUGACUGAAACAUGAUAAGCAGCAUGUGUAACUGUUAUUUUAGUCACAUUGGUAUCUUUGAAACAAACUUGUGCCAGCAAACAAGGUACAGGUGGCUGGCCUUCAUAAGCACAACCAUCUUCCUUCCCAUGGUUCUUCAUACAGGUUCAUUAAUAGGUUUUCUUUGCUGGCUCUGUGGCUGUCUGAGGAGCGUUAAGCAUGUUGUGCCUGAGGGAGGAGAGCUAGAGUCCCUUUAGCUUAAGCAGUAGCAGCUUGAGUUUGUAGUCCCCAUUAUGUUGAGCAAGAAAGUGACAAUCACAAAUGAGCCUGUUUUUUACCUCAUUAUAUACUCUUUGAGCUAGCAUCACUCCAAAACCAUACAUGUCUUGUUCUUAAAGGCUAUGUGUAUUGUUCUAAAUCUAUGGGUUUCUGUGCUUUUGGGGACUACUGGAUGUCUUCCAGUGCGGAUAUCCAUCGUUUUGGAAACUUGGCACAUGUGAGGAUUGGUGUGGUGUGUGUUGAGCUUUCUUUUCCAAGACACUUUCUGCAGGAGUCUUUGCUUGCAUGCCUCCUUCCCUGCAUAUUUUUGUGUUCCUUCUCUCAACAGAUGGGAACUGCUCAAAACAACAGUAGCCUCAAAAAACUCCAUGCAGCUGAGCUUGACCGACGUAACAGAGACAUGAUGGCAGACACAUCUGAUCACAGCAUUAUUUCUGUUGGAGGAGAGGAAGAAGUGGGCAACUUCCAACGUACUCUUCCCACACGAGAGUCCCUCCGAUCCCCCCGAGGCUCUGUUGUGAGUUUCCAUAACAUCCAGUACUCCAUUAAGCAGUCCAGUGGAUUCCUUUGUAAACGGAAAACUGUGGAAAAGAAGAUCCUUCAUAAUGUUUAUGGCAUUAUGAAGCCAGGCUUGAAUGCUAUCCUGGGGCCAACAGGCAGCGGUAAAUCUUCUCUCUUAGAUGUGCUGGCUGCCAGAAAGGACCCAGCAGGCCUGUCUGGAGAAGUGCUUAUAGAUGGCAUCCCACAACCUCCAAAUUUUAAGUGCAUCUCAGGAUAUGUUGUGCAGGAUGAUGUCGUCAUGGGCACAAUGACGGUGAGGGAGAACCUGCACUUCUCUGCUGCCUUGCGACUCCCCAGCUCCAUCAGUGUUAAAGAGAAGGAAGAGCGAGUCACCCAGAUUAUCAGCGAGCUGGGAUUAAGUAAAGUGGCUGAUGCUAAGGUGGGAACUGAAUUGAUCCGAGGAGUGUCUGGAGGGGAACGGAAGAGAACCAACAUUGGGAUGGAGCUCAUCACAGAGCCACCAGUCCUUUUUCUGGAUGAGCCAACAACUGGCCUUGAUGCCAGCACAGCCAAUGCAGUCCUCAUCCUCUUGAAGAACCUCUCAAGAAGAGGGCGAACCAUCAUAUUUUCCAUCCAUCAGCCCCGCUAUUCCAUAUUCAAACUGUUUGACAGUCUGACAUUACUAGCUUUGGGAAAGGUGCUGUACCAUGGUCCUGCAAAGCAGGCCCUGGAGUAUUUCAGUUCUAUUGGAUAUGAAUGUGAACCCUUCAACAAUCCAGCUGACUUCUUCCUUGAUAUCAUAAAUGGUGAUUCAACUGCUGUAACAGCAAGCAAGGAACGUCACAGUCCUGAGGACACAGGAAAAGAGGUUAGCAGUGAAAAUGGAGUGGCAGAAAGUAAUGUGGAGAGCAGUGUGGUAGAUGAGCUGCACCAGAAAUAUCUCAAAUCCAGCCUGUAUCAGAGCACAAAGGAAGCCCUGGGGAACGUGGAGCUUGGACGGGGAAGCAAGCAGAAAGCAUCCAAGCAGGGGCAUGAGAUUACCUAUGCAAAUGGAUUCCUCACCCAGCUGUACUGGGUGUCCAAGCGUUCCCUGAAGAACCUCAUCAGGAACCCACAGGCCUCUGUUGCACAAAUUGCAGUGACCAUAAUUCUAGCCUUGGUUGUGGGUGCUAUCUUUUUUGGUGUAAAACUGGAUCGAAGUGGCAUUCAGAAUCGGGUUGGAUCCUUGUUUUUUGUCACCACCAACCAGUGUUUUUCCAGUGUCUCUGCAAUUGAGCUGUUCAUCAGAGACAAGAAACUAUUUGUCCAUCAGUACACGAGUGGAUAUUACCGUGUGUCUGCCUACUUCCUGGCCUUGAUGUUAGGAGAUCUGCUGCCCAUGAGAACUGCACCAGCCAUCAUAUUCUCAUGCAUCACUUACUGGAUGAUUGGAUACCAAGCUGUUGCAGGCCGGUUCUUCUUCUUCACGCUGAGCCUGAUGCUGGUGUCUUACACUGCCACAGCCAUGUCUCUGGCUAUCAGUGCUGGGAUGGAUGUGGUGGCUGUGGCCAACCUGUUCAUCACUAUUUGUUUUGUUCUCAUGCUUAUCUUCUCAGGCCUCCUAGUAAACCUCCCUUCUGUAAUGGACUGGCUGAACUGGCUCAAGUACUUCAGCAUUCCCCGAUAUGGACUCACUGCUCUUCAAGUGAAUGAGUUCAGAAAUCUCUACUUCUGUGGGGAGAAGAAUCCAAAUGUUACCGUGCCUGCAGGCAGUUGUCCCCCUGAUAUCUCAGGAGAAAUGUGUUCUGGUGAAGCAUACCUGUGCAGCCAAGGAAUUGUACCUACAAACUGGGCAAUGUGGGAAAACCUAGUGGCUCUCUUCUGUAUGACUGUUAUCUUCCUUAUCAUUGCCUAUGCAAAACUCCGUUUUAUGAGAAAGUUCACAUAGACUCCUGUGUUGCCUUCCUUGCAGCUUCUUUUGUCCUAAAACUGCAAAGCUUAUUAGAGCCUACUGGAAGUUGCCAAAAGAUUUCAACUGACUUUACUGAACUUCAGACAGCAACCCUGUCUCCUUGUCUCUGGAGCAUGAUCUCCAUUUGACUAUGUGAUUCUGGUUUUUAAAAAGAAAUGCAUUGAUGUACAUCACAUAAAUGACUUUUUGUAAGAGAA